AUGUUAAGGAACGUCAGCAUCAAUAACGAUUUACCAGACUUCUCAAACUCCAAUGAUUAUAUACGGGACUACAGCUACGAUUACCCGGAUAUAGCGAUGUCAGCAGACUGGCAAACUAUUUUAACAACUGCUUUCACUCUUACUAUGGUGCUGUCAAUCACUGGUAAUGCCUUAGUCAUUGUUGUUCUUCUCUGCGGAAAAUCCGGAAGAGGCGAUUUAAAUAUAUUUAUUGUAAACUUGGCUGUGGCUGAUGUAUCGAUGGCUGUACUGUCCAUGCCGUUCACACUCACCACAUUGAUGUACGGACAUUGGAUAUUUGGUGCGGCAAUGUGCCCAGUAAUGCUGUUCGCACAACAGGUGUCGGUAUGUGUCAGUAUUUACACUCUCACUGCAAUUGGCAUGAACAGGUAUUUCGCUGUAAUGUAUCCACUGAAAAUAGGAUGGACAAAGAAACAUAACCGAAUUUUCGUACUGUCAGUGUGGGUAGUUUCUGUUAUUUUGAGCAUUGUACCACCCAUCGUUGGCUACACCAAAGAGGAGUACUGGGAUGGGAAUACGAUUUUCCUUUGCGCAGAAUGGUGGUCCAAUGAAACAUCAUCAGCUAUUUAUGAGUUAUUCGUCAUGUGUAUUACCUAUUUCAUACCACUGGUACUGUUAGCAUAUACCUACAUCAGUAUUGGCCGUAGGCUUUGGGGAAGACAAAUACCAGGAAAUGCCGAUCACAACAGAGACCGGACACAGAAGAGAGCUAAACGCCAGGUCAUAAAGAUGUUACUUGUAGUUCUGAUAAUGUUUGCGCUUUGUUGGCUUCCUCUUCACAUAUUCAAUAUUGUACAAAGAGUAAAUCCUCAUCUACUACAGCAAGAUACAACCAGGAUGGUUAACGCUGGAGUACUAUGGCUAGCGAUGUCUAACAGUUGUGUAAACCCUGUCAUUUAUAGCUUUUUAAAUGGCAAUUUUAAGAGAAACCUGAUUCUGCUGUGUGGGUGUUCGCGUAACUGUCCGAACACAGCGAAUUUAGGAAGAUCACAAGGACAAACUUUGUCAACAACAACAACAACAACAACAACAACAAACAUUCAGCAAGGAAAAAGUACAACUUAUAGUGAACCUUCAAUAGAACAACUCGACAUGGAGGAGUCGGUGUAA